AUGUUGUCAACUCCAAAAACAAAAGGUGGCCUGUUUUUGGCUUCAUCCCUCUGUGAUGGACUUGAGGACAAUAAUAUAAGACAAGUGGCAACUCUUUUACUAAAUAAAGAUGCAGAUCCUAAUGUCUUGAUUCCUGUACACGGAGUUACUCCGUUUCAUUUAGUUAUUGGCAACGAUUCAGAAGAAUUUGCAGAAGAAGUGACUAAACUAUUCCUACGUCACGGUGGCAAUCCCAACGUGAGGUCAAAUGAUGGAAUGACUCCGGUUCAUGUAGCAGCAGCUUGGGGUAGAAUAAACAUAUUGCAGUUACUUUUGGCAAAUGGUGGUAAUCCAUUAUGUUUGGACAAUGAUGGACGAAGUCCGUUUCACUAUGCCUUUGAUGAAAAAUAUUUUAAUGUUGUGACGAUGCUUGCAAAUUAUUGUGAAAGUACUCAAGAUGAGGAUGACAAACCAAAAUAUAACAUGAUGCUUGACAAAGUUUUAGUCAUUAAUGGGGAUGUAAUCGCCGAAUAUGUUGCAUCAAAAAAUACAGAUGAUGAAAUAUUAAAUGAAGAUAAUAUAGGACAGAAGAGUGUGCUUACUAAUUCUUCCAGUUAUAAGUCAAACUCUUCCUCGAUGAUUGUAGACCCAAGCAAUGUACCAGAUGUAUGUGUUACUAUUGAAACUAAGUACAAAUUAUCAAAUAAUUUAGAUGAACAUGCCUCUAAUAUUAAUCAUGUACCGACUGCUAAAGUACAAAAUAACAUUUUACGAACUCAUAAGAAAGAAAUGCCAAAUUGCUCAUUUGUCGAUCUCGAUUUUGACUUUGCAAAUCUAUAUCUUUCCGAUGUCAUGCAGAAAGAAAAAUGCCUUGUCAGUCAAAUCAUUAAUCAACUCUCGUCAUCAUUAACAAGUAAUUGCACUAUUAACGAGACCUUGCACAAUUACAAUACAGCUAAACAAGAGGAAAGUAGUAUUACAACAAGCAAUUCUGAUACGUCAUUUAAUAAGAGACUGUACUUAAUGAGAGAUGUAGGUGUAUGUUAUAAAUAUAAAAAAUCAAAGAAUUCUCCAUGUAAAAAAAAGAAUAGUAAAAAUAUUUUAAAACCUAACACUCCAAAUAUGAGAAAACAAUAUUCAAAGUAUAACAAACAAAGUACUUCUAAAAACAAAUGCAAAGAUAUCUCUGAAAAAAUUUCUGUAACACCAACUCGUACAUUGGAUAAUUCCAUCAUUAGCAUGUCACCAAACUUUAAUACACCUAGUCGCAGAAAGAGAAGAAAUGAUAUUUGCAAUGAUUCUAUUGUUAGCAAGUCGCCUAAUUUUACACCAGUUUGCAUCAGGAAGAAAAAUCUAACAAAGACAUCACAUGAGAAUUCCCUGAAUACAUUCAAGAAGUAUAAAACUGAGAUGCAAUAUUCUGAAUGUAAUUGGUAUGAAAAACAUGUUGCUCAAUCAACACCAAGAAGAAAGAAACGAUCGAUAUACAAUUUCCAUUCUGGCCGAAAAAGAUUUAAAUCUUAUCGAUAUGAAAGCGAUGCUACUUCUGAUGAAUUUAUUUCUAAUAAUAUAUUAAAGCCAAUUGAUUUAAACAAAACAAUCUUUUUCAAAAUAAAUGAUACAACUCGCUAUGAUAUUCUAGAUUUAAGUAGUAAAUCUUCAUUAUUAAAUUACAAACAAGCUAUCAAAAUAAAACAACAGAAUCAGUAUAAAAAUAAUUUGGCAAUAAAAUUAGAUGAAGGAAAAUACGACGAGACUGAUGUAACCGAUAAUAAUAGUGACAUAAAUCUCUUAGAUGUAAAUAGUUUUAAUCAAAUUGAAAAGGAGAACGAACCUAUUAACAAUGUUAGCAAUAAUGAGAAAACUGGAAAUAAGGAAAUAAACAAUGAGUUUAUAACAUUCAGAAAAAAAAAUGAUAUUUAUGAAACAUUGGAAAAACGAGUAGAUAAUUUAAAAUCUUUAUGUACAACUGAAUCUGAUUCGUUACAUAAAGAAAAUUUUGUAGAUUGUGUUGAUUGUGAUACUAAGAAAUUACUAAAUGAAGAUUUAAACAUGAAUAUAAGCAAUACUUGUAAUUUACAUGCAAAAAAUUGGUAUGGUGAUAGAUUUCACUUAUCUCCAUUAAAUAAAUCGCUCAUAGAAAAUGAUUCACUGCCUGCUAUGAAUUUACUUAUACAAAGUAAAAAACCAAUUUAUGUACUAGAUUCUCAAAAAUCAUAUUCCUCAAGAAGUACCGAUUCUAAGGAAAAAGGAUUACUAAAAAUAAAAGAUUCAGAUGUGUGUAAUACUCAAAAUUCGUCUCUACUUUCAUAUGUCAGUGCCCAAGAAUAUAAAUAUGAAGAUCCAGAAGAAGGUGUAAUUUUAUUAGAACGCCGAGUUUGUGUUACUCCAUUUAGUAACUCUAAUAGGAGUGAAUAUGAUGUUAGAAGCAAAAUGUCUGGUAUUUCAAGUACAUCCACUUCGCAAAGUUUACCAGAAGAAAUAUUGUUUAUCGACGAUAUUGCUCUUAGACAACAACUUACACAGUUUGGCGAUCAACCUGGUCCAAUCACUAAUACUACCAGACAGCUCUAUCAAAAACGUCUUUUACGUUUAAAAAAUGUCAUUGAUGCUAAUUCUGAUUUGUUCAUACCAAAUCUGAAGAAUGCUCCAAAAAAUCAGAGCUCAAAGCUAGACAACAAAAUCUUACCUUAUUUAGAGCUUGGAGUUUGGUUAAAUCAUCUGGAUACUUACAAAAGCUUGGAAAAGCAAGUAUUUCAAGAGUUUGCAUCGCCAGAUCCAUUUCGAAGAUGGCGUGAAGGCACAUCGAAAACAUCUUUCACCUAUCUACUACUAGAUCCGCGUAUAACGCAGGAUCUGCCAAAUCGCAGUGUUCAUCUUACAAACUCGGAAGUUUGGUCAAUUUUCCUUAACGCUAUAUUUUAUAUCGGUAAAGGCAAACGUUCCAGACCUUUUGCUCAUCUUUAUGACGCGUUCAAGAUAUGGGUGGAUGGUGAUACUAGUACAAAUAAAAAAAUUAAUUGCAUUCUCGAUAUAUGGAACAGCGAUCAUGGUGUGAUCUGUUUGCAUAUUUUUCAAAAUAUUAUUCCAGUAGAAGCUUACACAAGAGAAGCUGCCAUGAUAGACGCAUUAGGGAAGAAACAUUUAGGAAAUUCUAAAGGUGGGAAGUACUAUGGUAUCGCGGCAACAUGGAACAUGCAACAAAAACAGAAAUUUGGUAGAUACUUAUUAUACAAAGCUUUACAAAUUUUUAUGCACGAGGGAGAGAGUCAGCUUUUCCCUUGCCAUUUAUAAUACAAGCGAAGUAAGAUAGAUGUAAUAUAACAAAUCGGUUUUAAUAUUGCGCUCUAGACUUUAUCUGUACUGAUAUAAAUGUAUGUAUUAUAUAUUAAUUUUUGAUUCGUAGAUACAUAUAUAUAUAAAC